AUGCGAUUGACGAAGCUGGCAACUUACUCUUUAACAAGAAUCGUUAUUUUGGUGUUGUAUAUAACCACACUUCAACCUACUUCAUCGCUUGGUUCUUUAAAUGCAGACGGUGUUGAGAAGUACGUGAUAACGAGAAGGGGUAGAUAUACCGACCUGUUCAGAGUUCAGUACAAAACUGGCUUCCAAUGCCCUUCAGAUGUUUGUGCUAACACUUCGGCUUUUGAAAACAAUACCACACCAUGUAGCUGUACGUGUAAGGGAAACACUCCAACCUUUCUCCCGGAAUUAGACAGUUGUGGUGAUACAGCAAGUGUAAAAAAAUCUCUGUUUGGAAAUUGUUCAGAAGCACUUGGUUUGGAAAGUGAAAAAGUCAAUGAUUCCCAACUAAGAGCCUCAAGCUAUUAUCCAAACUAUAGUCCUUUGGAAGGAAGACUGAACAAUGAGAAGGCCUGGUGCACCUCAUCUAAUAACAGCUUUUUACAGAUUGACUUACUGGAGGUCAGGCAUGUCUCAGCACUUGCAACUCAAGGAUACAAAGGAAGAUUCUUUAAUUAUGUUAAAACAUAUGAGAUAAAGUACAGUUAUGACGGUGUAAAAUGGUUUGACUAUAAAGAUGACAGUGGUAAAAAAAAGACAUUUACUGGAAAUAAAGAUACAGACAGCGUGAAAUACAACAACUUUAAAGGGUCUUUUGAAACAAGGUUUCUGAGAAUAUAUCCUAAAAAGUAUAACAGGCAUGGGUUCAGAUGUCUCAGAGUUGAAGUGUAUGGAUGUAAUGAUAAUGCUGUUUGCUCCCGUUUCUUUGAGUGGGACUUUUUCCUGAAAUCCCUCAACCUAGCAAAUGAAGGACAAGUGAAUAUUAUUUCAGCUAAUAUCUAUCAAAGCUGUCAAGUUGUUCCUGGAAGUGCAGCAUACUACAACUAUCAACUGGAAAACAAGUGGGUGGGGAUAAACCUGGAAAUGUUCAAAGUGGAAAAAACACAAAACAAACUAUUCUUCAAGUGGGCAGAUACCACAGAAAAGAACUUCUUGGGAAGAAUUGUGCAAGUAAAGGUCACUUGUAGUUAUUCAGCUCCUGCAUCUAGACCAACCAAAACUGCUUGUCUGGUUUUCAAGACCUCAGGACAAAUCACUUUGGAUCUAAGUUCUAUGGCAAAGACAACACCAUAUAUUUCUCCAGUGACUACAGCGACUGAUUUAACUGAACCAACAAAAUCUUCUGAGAUGUAUUUAGUGACAAAAACUGUUGGAGACACAGAUGAAAAAGACACAAGGACGAAUGGAAGCAGCAGUGGAUCUGGAGUUUUGAUUGGUGUUGCUGUGGCAUGUGCAGUUGUGUUUGCAAUUAUCCUUAUUCUCCUCGUUGUAUUUUGCAAGAGGAGAAAAUUGAGUCGAAGGAAACGAAAAAAGCACACGGCAAGGCUUCAUGUUGGUAAUGCAUUCUCUAACCAAGGGGAGGAGGCUAUAAUCCCCUUACCCCCAUCUGAAGGCCGACGAGCUGUUGAUGAAGCAGUUUAUGCAGAAAUAGGAAGUCCGUCGUGCGAGGAAUAUACACUCUUGAAACCUGCACCUGAUAGAUGUCGCUCAGAGUAUCAAAGUCUGAUCAAGCCUAACGAAGAUCAUUCUGGUUACUUAAUUCCACUGGAAGUAACAGGAUCUGCCGAUUGUCACCCAGAUGGAGCUAUUCUCAGCGAACUCCAAAGUCCAAAACCACCUCAAGAUAAGCCAAAGGAUAAAACCUAUGAUUAUGCUAAACCAGAAGGAAUCAUUAUGUUAACAGCUAGUCGCUCAAGUUUAGACAGUCUUGACUCCCAUAGACAAGCUGAUGUUCCUUCGUCACCGAAAAAUACAACCUUCCAAGGACCUAAUUCUCCUAGAUCACCAGGGGCCUCUUCAAAGGAGCCCUCGCAUGACAAGGAGGGUGAUGACUCAUUACAAGCAGAUGAUUAUAUCGAAGUUCUCCCAAAUUAAGCGAUUGGAUCAUAAUAGUUGACAGGGUUAAGGAUGGUCUCAGUUCCCACGUUCCCACAUUCUGUCUUGCCCAUCUCUCAUCCUCCAUUCCUGUAACACCAUCACUGCUAGUCAAUUAUAAACAAAAUAACGCAUUGUUUUGCAUUUCUAUUUUCAUUAUAGCGGAGCUCGCAGAGCGUAGCCCCAUAAUUAUAAAAAAUAGUAGUGACCCAUCAAGCCGAAAAAAUUGGGAUGUACGACCGAACGACUGUACGACCGACCGUACAAGGUGCUACUUUUAGCAUGCGCGGCCAACUGUACCACGGGCACUAUCUUAUAAUCAGUCCUCUACACGGACACGGAGAAGUUGCGAAUGAAAAUCCAUUAAUAUUACCACGCACUUUAUCCAUAGUAGGGGCUUUAGUUUUGUUGAAGAGAAGUGCGGGAAAAAAAUGCGAGUUACGCUUUUAGGCUUGCCUAAAUCUAUAUAUUAUUUCUCGCUCCUGGUCUUCUCUUCUUGUCUCCUGUUUCCCUCACUCCUGCGUCUCUCCACCGUGGGUUUCUUUACCCUUUAACUCCCAAGAUCUGAUUGUUCAUUCUCCCCUCAUUAGAAAUUCUGUCUUGGUCACUCACGGGAGUUAAAGGGUUAACUUUCACAUGUUUUUUUCAAUUUGGAAAAGACUCAAGAUCUCAGAUUCAGCUUAGUUCUGUAGUGUACUUAGCUCACUUGAAGGAGAAGGAUUCCCAAACAACCAUUCAAUUUUUAUUUCCGGUAAUAAAAGGUUAGUAAAGAAAUUUACAGCAUACCGCAUUUUGAGAUUCCAAA